AUGAUUGAGACAUUUAUUUAUUGGAAUUUUCGAGGGAGCCGGGGGAACGGCAACAUUUUAAGGAUAUCACUUCCUUGUAGUUAUAAUACAAUAAAAAAGAAAAUACUUGAAUUGACAAAUAUACAUAUUGAAAAUAAUUUGGAUAUCCUAUUAUAUCACAAUAAUAAAAUAUUAAGUGAAUAUGAAAGUAUACAUCAUGAGAUGUUAAUAGAAAUUCAAAGAAGUAGUAUAGAUAUGGUAAGAGAAAUGUUACAAAAGAGCAAUGAAAUAUAUUUAGAAAAAAAUAAAAGUAAAAUUGAUUUAAAUAAGAAUAAUGUUAUAAUAUCAAGAACAAAUGAACAGAAAAUAAAUAAUCGUAUGAAUGAUCAUAAAUAUAAUGAUUAUAAUAAUAAAAUAUCUAAACAUAAUCAUAAUAAUAAUAGAACAACAGGUUAUUUACAUAACAAUAAUAAUAAGCCUUGGAAUGUAUAUAAUAGAAAUAAUAUUAUAAAAGAUGAAGAAAAAAAUAAAAUCAAUAAUAUUAAUAGUAAUAAUAUUAAUCAUAAUGAAAAAAAUAUCAUGAUAAAUGAAGAAGAAGAUGAAGAAAUGAAAAUACAAUUAGCAAUGGAGAAAAAUAAUGUAUAUAAAUCAAAUUAUAAUCAUAACAAAAUAAGAUUGAAUUAUUAUAAAAGAGAUAGAAAUAAUGCAUCACCUUAUUAUAUGCAAAAUAAAUUAAAAAAUAUAUCUCCUAAUAAUAUAACAAAAAAUAAUAAAAAUGUAAUACAUAAUAAUAAUAAUAAUAUGACUGGCAAUAAAAUAGAUGGAGAGUAUUCAACAACAUAUCAACAAAAAAAUAAUUAUUUAUCAAAUAUGCAUACACAAGGUACAUAUAAUAAAUUUAAAAAUAAUAUGUCCAAUAAUAAUAAUAAUAUUCAUACAAAUAAUAUUGAUGAAGAAACUAUAAAUAAAAAAGUAUCUCCAGAUUAUAUAUGUCAUAUGUGUGGAAACAAAGGACAUAGUAUAAAAAACUGUACUAUGAGUGCAUUUAAUAAUAAUAAAAAAAUAAAGGUGCCUACUGGUAUACCUACAAAUUUUCUGACAAAAAUAAAAACGGAAGAUAUAUAUAAAUAUGAUCAAAUAUAUAUAUUAAAAGAUGGAAGCUAUGCAAUAUUAAAAGAUGUAGAAGAUGUAAGUGGAAGUGCUUAUUUGUAUAGAAGUGUCGAUGAUAAAAUAAAUAUAUAUUUAGGUGUUAACAAUAAUAAUAGUAAUAGUAAUAGUAAUAAUAAUAAUAAUAUCAAUAGUAACAACAACAAUAAUAAUAAUAAUAAUAAUAACAGUAGUUAUUAUAAUAGUAAUGAUAUACAUAAUGAACCUAAUAAUAAUGAUAAAAUUUCAAAUAUUUAUAAAUGCUUAUUAUGUAGAAGAUUAUACACUGAACCUGUAACCCUACAUUGUUGUGGGGAAACCUAUUGUAAAGCAUGUUUAUAUAAAUAUAAUAAAAAAAAAAUAAAAGAUCAUUCAAACAUAUCUUCAUCUUAUCAUAUCAAUAAUAAUCAUACAAAUUCAGAAUAUAAUAAAGCUACAGCAGGAGGACAAGUUAUUAAAUGCCCUAAUUGUUCAACAUAUAUUAACACAGAUGAAUUAAUUAUUAAUACAAAUAUUAAGAAUGUUAUAGAUACGAUUAUUAAAAAUCAAAAAAUUGAUCAGGUGAAUGAUGAAAAUAUAAAUAAAGCAUCUGCAAAUAAUUCUAUAGAAGUAAAUAAUAAUAUUAAUAUAACAGAUAUCCACAACAAUAAUAAUAAUAAUAUUAUAUCUGUUGUAGAUGAACAUAAUAAUAAUAAUAUUACAGAUAAUUCUACAAAUUACAGUAAUAAACAUUUUGCAUAUAAUAAUAUUCAAAAUAAUGAUAAUAAAAAUAUAUUUAAUUUAAAUAAUAAGGAUAAUAUAAAACAUAACGAAUUCUAUCAUGUAGAUUUUAAUCCUUUAAUUACUUUUUCUUUUAAUUUGUAUGAAUUAAAGAAAGAACACGAUUUUGCAGCAGCAUAUAUAGCUCAAUAUAAGAAAAAAAAAAAUAAAAAAAAAAAAAGACACCUCAACAUAAACUUUUCCGUAUUAAACAAAAAAAUAUGCUAA